GACACAAUGAAUAACAUCAACAUUUUCCUGUUGCUCUUCACAUUCUACUUGGCUUCAUCUGUUCUUGGUCAGAACUACUUUGGGUUAGACAACACAAUAGGAGAUGUUCUCGGACGUCGUCUUAGUAUAGGAAGUGAUCUUUCGUCCUCUCGCUCCCUUUCACCUUCUACCCAAAGCUUGCAAAAUGGUUUAACUGGACUACAAUCAACAAGGAAUGCACUAUCACCUAUUGGAAGUGGUAGACUUUGGAACUACAAUCCCAAUCGGUUCUCAUCUUGGUAUUCGAGGUUCGGUCGUCCUUAUGAUGAUGAUUCAAGAGAAAGAAUCAAUAGAUACUCAAGACGUGGAUCUCGACGUUAUUUAAGGAAUUUCAGAAGGAGGUCAAAUCGAUUCGACUCAGACGAAUCAGGAGAGAGGGGGAAUUCUUGGACAAACUUAUAUAGGUCACUCAAUAGGAGACGACGAUUUGGUUCAGAUGAGGAUAGCGAUGAGUCUGGUGAAAGACGGUGGGGGAUCCUCGGAAGAUACAAUCGUCGCAGGCGAAUUGGAAGCGGUUCUGAUGAAAGAUGGGGCUCUGGAGAAAGGAGGCGUGGGAUUUUUAGGCGGUCCUAUUUCGGAAGACGAUGGGGCAGCGAUUCUGACGAAGAUUCCGGGGAAAGAUUUAGAUCUCCAUUUUACCGAUAUAGGUAUAGACGAUUUAACCGAGAUUCUGGUGAAAGAUUUCGUGGUAGACGUUUUCGGUAUAGGCGCCUUUUCAACAGAGAUGAUUCGGAUGAAAGGGAUGGUUUAUUUAGGCGAUUUAAUCGAAGAAAUUAUCGAAACAUAAUAUCAAGAAUGAACUCUCCUUAUUCAUAUAACAGAAGAUACUUUGAUUACAACCCAGACAGGUUAUCGUUAUUUGGCAAUAACUGGAACAGAUUCCGGUGGUAAAAUGCUUUACACAUUCCAGUGCCUAAGGGGACAGAUUUUAGUGAAACAAACUGUUUCUAUAUUCACUGUGUUUGUUUUGAUAAUUAAAUUAUGCUUUAUGUUUUAAUAACGUUUUUUAUCUGAGCUUAAUACGGAAAUAAAAGGAAUGAUUUGUUAUUGGUGAAUGGUUUCAAAUCAAACCAGUGUGUUUAAUUUGCUUAUAUAUUGUGUGAAUUCUAGGGGCAAAUUGAGUGCAGAACGUGGGUAAUAAAUAAUUAAACAAGCAUCCUA